UGACUCUUGAAUUACAAAGAAUCUUCAUGAAACUUUACAAGGAUUUUAAUUAAAAUUUCAUCAAAACCAUACAACCCUCAAAUCUGGGUACCGGGUCAAUGUUUAUCAUUGAAUAAAAAAAAAAAAAAAAUUCAUAGAAACAAAUUACAGCUCUUUUAAAAUAAGAUAAAUCUCUCAAAUCUUCACCAAUUAUAUGGCAUCCCAAAAGAAGAAGGCAGAAUUUUGACUCUUGAAUUACAAAGAAUCUUCAUGAAACUUUACAAGGAUUGUAAUGAAAAAUUUCAUCAAAACCAUACAACCCUCAAAUCUGGGUACCGGGUCAAUGUUUAUCAUUGAAUAAAAAAAAAAAAAAAAAAUUCAUAGAAUAAAAACUAUAAAUAUAUAGUAUUUAUAAAAGGUCUAUAAGGGACUCCAUUCUCAGAGGCUCUCCUCCCCAUCAGCUAAAUUGCAAGAAGCCCUAUAUGUCUGCCACAGGUUCUGUAUACGACUCUAUGGAAGAGGAAGAAGAGGUUCUUCCAAUUUCCGCCACUAGUUCUUUCUACCAUUCAAUGGAAGAAGAAGAAGAAGAGGGUCUUCCAAGCCUUACUUGUGAGAUUUGUAUAGAACCCAUGAGAGAAAACAACAAAUUCAACAACGGAAACAAGUGUUCCCAUCCAUUCUGCUUAGAUUGUAUCGUUAAGUACAUAGAAGCCAAGAUGGAAGACAAUAACAGAGCAGAAGUGUCAUGUCCAGCUUCAAAUUGUGACAACCUCUUGGAUCCCCUUUCCUGCCGCUCGAUCCUCCCUGCAGAUUUGUUCGUAAGAUGGUGUGAUGUGCUGUGUGAGUUUUCUGUUCAAAGGUUUGAUCAAAGUAUGUAUUGCCCUUUCCCCGAGUGUUCGACGUUAGUCCUGAGUGAGUGUGAAGGUGAUAUUUAUACAAGAACAGAGUGCCCAAAUUGCAAGAAACUGUUCUGUUUCAAGUGUAAGAUCCCUUGGCAUGUGGGUUUUGUGUGCAGUGAGACAGAGCAGUUGAGAGAUGAAAAUGAUAUUCUAUUCGGCGAGCUUGUUGAAAGGAACAAGUGGAUGAAAUGUCCUGGCUGCAAUUUCCGUGUGGAGAAAAUUGAGGGUUGCCCCAACAUAACUUGCAGAUGUGGGGUGCUCUUCUGCUAUAAGUGUGGAAAAAUCAAGAGUGCUUGUGAAUGUUACAGAGAAAACGUUCCUGCUAGGAGGGUUGGAACUUAUAUUGGUAAUGAGAGACGUGGUUGUGUGGAUUCAAGAAUCUUCAAGUUCAUAUUUAAUUUAUUGAUUAAUGUAAUUUUCAUAGGAUUAAUAGUUGGAUUAGAUAAGAUCAAAGGAAGCAAAGCGGCUCACAUUAUUUCCACAAUACUUUUGUAUAUAUACUAUAUAUUUGUAUUCCCCAUGUCUGGGUAUGCUCUCUGCCAAAUUUGCUGUUGUUGUGGAAGAAGAUAGUAUAUGGUUCUUCUUGCUCAAAAUGAAAUAUUUUUUGAGAAUAA